AUGGAGGAAGAGAUCAAUUAUUCUUCAGUGGUUUUCAAAAACAGUCAUCCACCUCUAGCAGGUGGUGAAGCAGCUGCACGCUCUCGACUCUUUUGUGUGUCGGCGGUGUGUUUGGGGAUCCUUUGUGUCCUUCUGAUGGGGGCCAUCAGUGGCAUCGUCUACAUCAGCGUGGUAAUGAACGAACAGAGAGCAAACCUCAGCAGAAAAUCAGCAGAAAAUCAGCAGCUGAUCAUGCAGAUGAGCAUUUUAGAGAACAAUACAGAGGAACUGAGAAGAGACAGAGACAACCUCAACUGGACAUUGGGAGUCAUCCUGAAUUUUAACACCUUUCCAGUAAAUGAACGCUGCCCUGAUAAGAAGUGUCAGCCAUGUCUAAAAGACUGGAUUCAGUUCGAGGAAAAUUGCUAUCUGUUCCAAGAUCCAAACGCUAAUUGGAAGACAUGGCAAAACAGCCGAGGGUACUGCCAAGACAAAAAUGCAGAUCUGGUUGUUAUUGACAGCCUGCAAGAACAGGAAUUCAUCAGUAAUCACACCAAGUCUUACUCCGGCAUAUAUCAUGGAUACUGGAUCGGGUUACAGGAAACUGAUGAACACAACUGGCUCUGGGUUGACGGACGUAAUGACACUCUACAGUACUGGUUGAUGGAGAAACUUAAUAAACAUGGUCAAUGUGUACUGAUGAUACCUGGGAGAAAUGUUACAGCCAGCUGGGACCCAGCACCCUGUAUAAUGGAGAACAUAUUUAUCUGUGAGACCAAAGUCCUGAUAAGGUCAGAUUAG